AUGGGGAGCAGCGACCAAAGAAAUCCCUCUGCGCCAGGUGUCGUCCAACGUUCAAAUCCCUCGUCAACGCAACAGGAGCCGCAUCCGGUCUCCUCGACAUUCAACCCAAGAAAUCUACCGGCCCCGGGCCCAAGUUCUAGACGAAUUUCUGCUACCCCAUUCUCCUCUCAGAUGUCGGGACACGAGGAUCCAAGUCCUUACUCCGGGGGCUCCCAUUCAGCGGGGACAGUACGGCACAUUAACCGACAAGACAGGACGAAGGCGGAACCGGAAACGCCUGUCCCAAGUGGAGAUGGGAGUAGAGAUGUCGUUCCGAGUACGCUUCUUCCCCCCUUGGUUUUUUGUGUCAUUUGGGCAUGGGGUAUUUUGGAUUAUGAUCCGGACCGCUAUCACCCUUAUUUUUACCGGAUGUAAAUAUAACCCCUACUAACCGCUACCUCCUCUGCUUUUUGAUGCUUUGCCGGCGGAGUAUUUAGGUUCCGUCGAUUCUUUUAGCAGCGCAGUUGAGCAUGUCCGGACGCACUCUCCGGAAAACAUCGCAAAUACGGGAUCCAGGUUAUCCAGAGCAUCGUCUGCAGCUUCUUCCCUGAGAGGGAGGAUAUCUUCCCCCGGUGGGAAGCCUCGAAGGCCCUCCGCUACUCGCCGAACUUCCACGGUGGGACAGCCUCAUAAAGGGUGUGUGUACCCCGGGAGUCAUAAUGGUUAUCAUGGCGGCUCUGUGGGAAAGCAUAUAGCUAAUGGAUAUGAUAGGCAAGAAUUCAGCGUCGACGACGAGACGGAUGAGGUAGAGGAGGAUCUGGGGCAACGACAUAGGAGCGCUACCGGGAGCACCGGGUUUGCAGCUAAGAGACGGCACUCACAGUUGCUGAGACGAAGAUCCGCUCCGCAAACAAUACUUUCGGAUGCCGGCAGCAUGGAUGGUGAGCCUGCGCCUCAACGGGAUGACUCGCCAGACGAGGAGCAAGAGACAGAAGAAGAGGAAGAUGGUGAAGAAGGCACUGUGAGAGGAGAAACUUACCAAGCCAGCGAUGCUGGCAGCGUGGAAUCAUUUACUCUGAAAGUAAGUAGAGGCGGGCUAUUUCCUGAGAGGCAUCUAACUAGUUUCAAGGACCGUCAAGAAGCAAUCAACGUUACCCAUCCCUUCGGUAUCAGGAUAUGGAAGCCCGCACUGUACAAAAAGAACCGUUCGGUGCAAAGGACGGCGGAAGGAGAUAUCCAUUCAGCGCCCGGCGGAAGGGUGGGCAAUGCUCUGUUCCUGGUAAACAUCCUUUGGGUUUUGCUCUUCGGAUGGUGGCUUGCGCUGGCUUCCCUGAUAGCCGCGAUAACUUGCUACUUGUUCUUUUUCACCUAUAGCGCUAGGGAGUAUGGAAGGGUUCUUCUUGGUCUCGCCGGAUAUCUGUGGUAUCCAUUUGGUCGUUUUGUAGAACUUAAGCAAGAGGAAGCAUAUGCGGAAGAGGACGAGGGCGAAGGCAGGAGCAUCAGCGAAUAUGAGCAAUGGCAGGCUGGUGAUAUUGAGGAGGGUCAGACGUUCUUUGGGCCGCAUACGCCCAGAACUCUUGUGGGUCGCAGACGGGAGAGUCUCGAUUCCGUGAGCGAUUCGGUUCUGGACGCUGGCGAGAGAACGGGACUCUUGGGAGGCUUCCAAUCACAAAGGAAGAAACGGAGAUUGUUUGGCCGUGGGCAAUGGAAUGUUGGAAGAGUGCUUUUUUUCAUCUGGUUUUAUUUCAUCAUCGGUAGUUAUUCCCCUCUAGGUUUGUUUGUGGGUGCUAAUACGUUUGACAUACAGCUCCUCUAUUGUUGUUUGCCUCUUUCCUUUGUUGGUUCCUUGUUUUUACGAUCCCGAUGGCCAAGGUUACCGCACUUUUGUGCGAUCAUCUCCGUCGGCAUCCGCUGGCGCUAUCCUUUCAUUCGGAUCAUACGUAUAGUAGGAGGCCCGGGACACCUUCUACCUCAAUCCUGCUCUGCACGUAUCGCGCUGUGGGCUGGAAGUACUAUAAGUAUACCAUCGAUGGAACAAACAUCUUUUUCAUCAACUUAAUGACUGUGGUGUUCUUCGUCAUAGCCGAUCACUAUGCUCUGAGUAAGGCGUUGGGCCGGGAUACUUUGUUAACAACCCCGGCGACGGUCUUCACUUUGAGUUUAUGCUCCGUGAUCCCUCUGGCAUACUUCAUUGGGCAGGCCGUGGCUUCGAUUUCCGCACAGUCUAGUAUGGGAAUGGGUGCUACGAUUAAUGCCUUCUUCUCCACUAUUGUUGAAGUAUACCUCUAUUGUGUUGCUUUGAAAGAGGGGAAGGGGAGGCUGGUUGAGGGAAGCGUACUUGGUAGUAUCCUUGCGGGUGUCGUCUUCAUGCCCGGGCUUAGCAUGUGUUCGGGUGCUAUCAAACGAAAGACUCAGCGAUUCAAUGCCAAGUCUGCUGGCGUCACCUCUACUAUGCUUCUUUUUGCUGUGAUCGGAGUGUUCGCACCAACCCUAUUUUAUCAAAUAUAUGGGACCGUGAGUGCUCCCUACCCUCCCUCUUGUCUAUGAUUACUGAUUGAAAGCACAGUAUGAACUGGCUUGUCGAGCAUGUCAUCCUGAGAAGGAUCCUCAUCAUGCAGAUUGUCGUCGGUGCUUUUUUGUCCAGACACCCCCCAGUCUGAGCAACGAGUUUUAUAGAGAUGCGGUGCGGCCGUAUACCUACAUAGCCGCAGUUUUCUUGUUUAUAUCCUAUGUGAUUGGGCUUUGGUUCACCCUCAGGACUCACGCCGCCGUCAUUUGGCAUUCCAUUCCUCCGGCCCAGACCCCUGCACAACCCGCCCAUCCUUCCGCCGCGGAGCCUGUUCGAGGGCCCUCGUCACGAGGUCACGAUGGCGUUGGCAAUCAACAGAACUAUGGGACAACGGCUGGAAUACCGGCUUCUGGUUCGCUUCGGGAUAACGUGAUGUUUAAGCGGAUCUUGGGGCAAUCCUUGGACGACUUUGGGCUCAGGGUAGAUGGUGCUGGAGGUUCUGCUCACUCGCGCGACCGAGGGUCAACACUGCAUGUGGUUCCACCGCGCUCGGCAGAUGAUUUUAUGACACCUUCCACUGCCGCCGGCUCGCGCGAUACGCCUGGAUCUCACGGGCCAUUCACUGAGGACAAUGCCGAGUUCGUCCGCGGCGUGGCAGAAAUAGCUGCAGUGACAACCACCGUUGCUUAUCAAAACUUUCAGCGUCAUGGGAUGGGAAGAAAGAGUUCCACUGCACCUGCCAGGCCGCCACUGCAUCCCGUACCUGCGGUUGAAGAAGAUCUUGCCGCUGUUCCGGAUGCUGAGCAUGGGGGCCAUGAUGCACCGAAUUGGAGUCGGGCUAAGAGUUCCAUUAUCCUUCUUGGAGCCACAGUGCUGUAUGCUGUAAUCGCAGAGAUUCUGGUUGAUACGGUGGACGUGGUACUGGAGAAUCUCGAUAUUGACGAGAAAUUCCUCGGAAUGACGUUGUUUGCUCUCGUGCCGAACACCACUGAGUUUUUGGCAAGCCCUUCCACUCAUCUCUUACUCUUUUUCCGGUCGCUAAUGCAGUGCAGAAUGCAAUCUCAUUUGCAAUGAACGGUAAUAUUGCCCUUAGUAUGGAAAUUGGCUCCGCCUAUGCCCUCCAAGUAUGCUUGCUUCAGAUCCCCGCUCUGGUGUUCUUUAGUGCCUUCUUUGCCUUGGAAGCCGCACCGAUGGAUCUCGUGAGAAAUACCUUUACAUUGAUAUUCCCUCAGUGGGACGUGAUUACUGUUAUUCUCUGCGUAUUCUUGUUGUCAUACAUGUAUGGCGAAGGGAAGAGUAAUUACUUUAAGGUUUGUGCAAAGAAGUCUUGUGGUGCGGUGUGCAGAGUGAGUGCUGAUUUUAUUUGUUCCUUAGGGGUCCAUCUUGCUCCUGAGCUACCUCACAGUCAUGAUGGGUUUUUACUUCAGCUCUUUUGCGAAGAACAUUCAGACCGGAAGAGUAAUUGUGGGGGCCGGAUCCAAGGGCUAUGGAUCUAGCAAUAUCCCUUCGGAUUUAUUCUAGCUCGCUCGCUCCCCUACAUAUCUUAGCACUCCUUGCGCACACACACUCGCAUUAACCAGACAACAAAAACCAUUCUUCGCUGUAAUAUCCAUUGAUUGAUUGACUGUUUUUUUAGCCCCCAUUACCCACUCCCUUACUGGAUCUUGGUUUUAAAGCUUUUCCCGAUGUUUUCUUUCCCCUCUUCGCAAUUGAUAGAUAUACUCCUAGCGGUUAAUGGUAACUGUGUUAGUAUUUCUCUCUCUCUCUCUCUCGCUCUCUCUUCUUUUUUCAUUCUCUAGAAACUCCAAUUGCUUCCGCACCUGAUGCUAGAUAAGUUAUAGUCUAAUGAUGUGCUGGUUUGGGUUGCCUCGUUUUGCGGUUAGCUACUAGCGCUAUGGGUGGUGGCGUCGCUUUACUGCCUGCCAACACGCAUGUGAAUACCAAAUUAUUACUUUUCCUUAAUAUAUCAUUCUGCUCGUAUCGUAUUCUCCAGUACCAGUAUGCAAGUGGCAUUCAAGGCUAAAAACAUACCGGUAGCAGAAGCUUGGCUCACUUUGCUGUUUCAUGUACACUUGGCAUGUGUAGAAGGGGUUAACCUACUGCUACUUAACUUCACCUUUCCAUCCUUUUUUUCUAGUAGGUAUGAAGAUCUAGAGACCUGUAAUCUAGACUACUCGAGUGUUCGAGCACCUGGUGCAGGGCCAUAGCUCAACAUACCAGUAUAUCUACUAAGUUAGAUCUCUGAAGUGGUACACGGUGUGAAGAGAAAAAACUUAGGGAACCGAACAAAACAAUCCCGAAAUCUUAUAGCGCACUUUGGAAAUAAUUAUGCACUCUUACCAGCAAAA